CAGGAAACAGUUAACGAUCCGACAGUCGGUUUUACGCACCUUCCUCUGAUAGUAUAUUCCCACGUACUAUGUUCGCCUCUACUUGAUCUUUGUUUUGUCCGUGGAAGAACAGACAGAGACGCUUCAUUUCGUUAAAAAAAGUAAUAAUAAACUCCGAGAAGAUGGACAGCAAGAGCGGAAUGGUGGCGAAAAUCCAGACUAGGAUAAAAUCAGACCCCUUUGCAGCUAAUUAUGAGCUGGUGGGCAAAGAACUGGGCCGGGGAAAGUUUGCGGUGGUGAAGAAGUGCGUGGAGAAGACGACGGGGAAGCAGUACGCCGCCAAGUUCCAGAGAAAGCGGCGGAAGGGCCAGGACUGCCGCGUGGACAUCCUGAACGAGAUUGCCGUGCUGGAGCUGGCCAAGUCCAACCCAUACGUUGUGGCGCUGCACGAGGUCUACGAAACCACCACAGAGAUCAUCCUGGUGUUGGAAUGCGCGGCCGGAGGAGAAAUCUUCGAGCAGUGCGUGGCCGACAGCGAGGAGGCCUUCACGGAGAAAGACGUAAUCCGGCUGGCCAGGCAGAUCCUGUCAGGGGUGGCCUUCCUGCAUCGGAACAAUGUGGUGCAUCUGGACCUGAAGCCGCAGAACAUCCUACUGACCAGCGCUAGACCUCUGGGCGACAUCCGCAUCGUGGACUUUGGCCUGUCCAGACAUAUGGACAGCAUCUCUGAGGUCCGGGAGAUUCUGGGUACUCCGGAGUAUGUCGCGCCAGAAAUCCUGAACUACGAACCAAUCAGCACUGCGACAGACAUGUGGAGCGUGGGGGUUCUAACCUACGUCAUGCUGACCGGCGAGUCACCCUUCCUGGGCGACGACAAGCAGGAGACGUUUCUCAACAUCUCCCAAGUCAGCGUGGAGUACUCGCACGACACCUUCGAGGACAUCUCCCCGAUGGCCGUCGACUUCAUCAAAUGCCUGCUGGUGAAAAACCCCAGGAAGCGAGCCACGGCUGAGCAAUGUCUCAAGCACCCCUGGCUGAACCCUCACCCCCAUCCCCACCUGCUCCACACCAGGUCUUCCUACACGUCUUUGGACGAGCCGGAGACCAGCCAGUCCGAGUCGGAGCCCGAAAGCCCGGCACCUUCCCCGGAGCUGGACUUGAUCGGAUCCUACCUGGCGUGCCCGUGCCAGGGGGAGCUGAAGACGGGAUGCGGAGCCUUCUCCUUCGCCGAGCCACCCUUCCCCACGCGGCCCGAAAUCCAGCAGGAGCUCAUCUGCUAGGAAGGACUCCCGUUGCUGUGGAGAUGCUGAACUCUUUACUUCCUGCUGAGAUGUUCCACACCUCCUGUUUAUCAAGACGAUAAGGAGGUUCCUCUUCAGGUGACUCGGACUUCUCAACGUUCUGUGAUGAACUUUUGGUGAAGGAAGUUUAAAAAAAAAACAAUUUUUAUAUGUUUAUUUAUGUUUUUUUGUAUAACUUUAGCUUCUUCGACAUCCCGCAAACCUGCGUUGAAUGGAAAUGGCAGCAUUCUCACAUUUUGAGUACAAUCUGUAGCACUUUUUUUUUAAUGUUAAAAACAACAAAUAUUUCGGUAUAAAGACAACAAAAACGCACGUCGCUUACUGUACAUAUGAUUCGUCACCAUGUCACACUGUGUCCACAUCACCUUACGGCGUAUUUCUGUUGUUUUGUUGUUCUUCUGGGCGUUUGCACAAGUCACACCUUUUUUUUUUUCUUUUCUUUUUUAAUUUAAAUUUUAUUUGAACUUUUAUUUGAACUUUUACUCAAAAAGUCAGAGUGAGAGUGCCGCAAGAUUGACGCUCUUCACGCGUUGCUAAAAUAACCGGCUCAAAGCUCACACUUGUUUACACCGAUGAUGCUCGCCUUCAGCGGUAUAAAAUCGUGCGUUUAGUAUUAAGAUGGAUAAACUGAAGUGUUUUUUUCAAUGUUAACUUUUACUUGCUUUUUGCUGUUGUCGUCGUCUUCUGCUUGUGGAUGACGGGCAGUUUUGCACUUGUCCUUCUGGACGUUUUCUUUUGUUUGUUUGUUUGUAUAAAGAUGAAUAAAUGUUGUUGUUCGUUGCAAAAUGUAACGAGGAAAGAAAUACAUUUUGUAUCAAAUGGGUUUUUUUUGUCUGUUUAAUUGCUUUAAACCACAAGGCACCUUUUUGGGUGACUAGGGAAAAAAUAAUCAUUAAAAAAUAUAGAUAGA